AUGAUGAUUAUUCAUCAGCUGCAGUACUAUCAUGCGAACGUUAUCGCGAGUGUGAAUGUUAAGGAAAUUCGUUUUCCUUUCAUUUGUUCUGACAUCUCUGAGGUUGUGAUUUUGGGUUCUUCCGGUGGGGUGGUUUGUUUAAUUUAUUUUUUUAAUUGCCGCCGUAUACCCUGCAUUUGGAAUCCCUAUACUGAAGAAUACAAACUAGUACCAAUAUCAACAAUAUUAUAUCCGUUUCAACAGUAUGUAGAUGUUCGUGCAAACGGAUUUUGCCAUGAUUAUAAGACUGAUGACUUCAUAUUCGUCAGUAUUUCGGGUUCUACUCUUCACCCUCUAAAUUACGAUGGAUCUGUCGUCAGUAUAUAUUCACUGAAAUCAAAUUCAUGGAAACAACUACUUAUCCCUAAUGAGUUUCCCUUUCAGUUUGGGAAUCAUACAACACCAGGGGUGUUCUUUAGCGGAUCCCUGCACUGGUUUGCAAAAACAGUUUUAGCCCCCUACUCUGAAGUGUUGAUUGCUUUUGAUGUUGAAAAGGGGUUUGCACAAGAAAUUCCACAACCACAAAGUCUGGUCGACGCUGAUGAUAAAUAUAUGGACGUGUUCGAUGGUUGUCUUUGUAUGCUUUGCAGUACUAAAGUGAACGGUUUUGAUGUAUGGAAGGUGCAUGAUUAUGGAGUACCGGAAUCUUGGAUAAAAAUCUGGAACAUUCCUCGGGUGGAAAUGAUUGAUGAAUCAAUGUUUCAAUACUUGAGGAGGAUAAAGUGUUUGAAAGAUGAUCAGGCUAUUAGAGAUUGGGUGCUACUACGUCUUCAAGAAAUAUAG